AUGCCUGCUAUACAUCCAAUUGAUAGACCUAACAUCCGAGGUGGUCACGACCAAGCUCGACCGACUAUCAGUGAACCACUUAAAUAUUCCGGGUCUCUUGACAAUAUUAAAUAUAGGGACCUGACACCAGUCAUUGGUCGAGAAUACACAGGUAUACAAAUCGCGCAAGUUUUGGAUUCAGAAGAUCGUGACCGCCUGAUUCAGGACAUCGCGACAAUAGUUUCUCAAAGGGGUGUGGUGUUUCUACGAAGUCAAGAUGUGACGCACCUUCAAAUGAAAGAUUUCUGCGAAAGACUUUCUACUCUUGCCGGAUGUCCUCAGAGUUCUUCGCUGCAUAUCCAUCCUUUAACAGAGGAGGGAAGCGAGCUAGGCGACCAAAUCAGCCUCAUUAGCAGUGAGAAGCAGAAGAAAGGUGGUGGUCUUACUCAUCAAUUGAGUGAUACAUCUCGUUUUGCCUCUGUCGGGUGGCAUGCCGAUAUAACAUUUGAAAAUGUCCCAUCCGAUUAUGCCAUACUCAAGAUCCACACUUUGCCUGAGACAGGAGGGGACACCCUCUGGGCGUCCGGGUACGAGAUUUAUGAUCGCCUAUCUCCGUCAAUGGCACAGUUCUUGGAGGGACUUACCGCUACACACGAUGCGACAUUCUUCCACGACGAAGCUAGGCGACUUGGGAAUCCGUUGCGAGAGGGUAUCCGAGGCUCUCCGUUGAAUGCCGGAUCAUCUCUUACUGCAGUUCACCCUGUGAUUCGUACUAAUCCCGUAACUGGUUGGAAAUCAGUCUUUGUGAAUAAAGGCUUUACCAAGCGCAUAAACGGCGUCACCAAAGAUGAGUCGGAUGUACUAUUGCAAUAUCUUUUCAACCUCCUUACUCAGAACCAUGAUGCCCAAGUUCGCUACAAAUGGAAUAAGAACGACGUUGCUAUAUGGGAUAACCGGUCUAAUUGGCAUUGUGCCACCUACGAUUACGAUGAUACUAGAAUUGGUGAUCGAGUAUGUAGUCUUGGUGAAGCGCCGUAUCUGGAUUUGAAUUCCCAGUCAAGGCGACAGGCUUUGGCUGAGAAAUCCUAA